AUGGAUUUUUUAAUCGCAAUCACUUGGAUGAUUUUCGGUUUUGUUUGGAUGAAGUUGUGUUCCCGAAAAUCUUCAACACAAACUACCAGAAAUCAGCCUGCAGCUGUAUACCCGAAAUUGGAUUUGAGACCAGAUGUUCGUUAUUCCCGACAACGGCUCACGGAGGACUCUAUUACUAACAUUUCAACCGGCGGAAAGAUUCCCGACCAGGAUUUAUUCUUCCGUUUGAUGGGCCAAUUGGAGGAGAACAACACGUUGAAAGAAGAAAACCAACGCUUGGCCAGUCAAGUCACCCGACUCCAGCUGGAAAUUGAAACGUCCAAAUCCAAAUAUGACGAGUCAUUUCAAAUCGUACACGACGAGCUACUGGCUGCCAGAUGUCAACUCGAUGCCAAAAAUCGAGAAAUGGCCCAACUUGAGUCGACCACCUUGGAGCUGAACAACAAACGGACAGCGUUGGAGAAAGAUGCGGCAGUCCAAGCCGACAGGAUUGACGAAUUAAAAGACCAAUACAAAAAGGCUUGCGCUCAUGCUGCAUCUAUGCAUCGAGCGGUGAGAGGGUUGCACGAUGCCCGCACUCUUCUUCAACGUGACAAGGCCAAACUCGUCGAGCAACUGGACAGCAAAUCUAAGGAAAUCGAGGAAGAACGAGCCAUUUUCGAUAAGAAACUAGAGGAUUCACAAAUGGAGAACGAGGAAAACCUGAUCAGAGUAAGGAAUUUCCAUCAGGCGUUGAACAACAAACGUAACUCCAAAAUGAAUGAACUAGAAGAAAUGGUUUCAGACUUGAACCUGACCAUUGUCGAAUGCGAGGAAGACCACCGCACAGAGAUGGAAGCAACUAGGGCUAGUCAUUCAAUCGCACUCCAAGAACGUGAUGAAAAUUUGGCGCAGCUGCAGUCUACGGUUGAAGAAUUGAACAACAAGAACAGCGAGUUGACCGUUACUUUGGAUGAAAUGGAAAUCGCUUCAUACGCGUUACCUAAUUUUUAUAAAAUUCUGGACGUCGAAAGGAACGCAACCGAGGAAGACAUCAAACUUGCCUAUCAAAAGGAGAUUCGACAAGUCCAUCCGGACAAAAUCCAUCAAAUGCAUUCCGGAUCAACAGAUGAAAGAAUCUUGACUAAGGCGACACGUCUAAGCCAAACCCUCAAUCGCGCCAAGGACAUCCUGAAUAAUCAACGACUCAAGUAUCAAUACGAUUGCUGGCUGGACAUGACUGAGCUUAGGAAAACUGAGCAGAAGGUUAGGGAUUACGAAGCGUAUGAAGAACGGAAACGCCACAGGAAUUAG